AUGGGGAAGAAGCGACUGCAUUGGCGCGAUGCGCUGCAGCAGCUGCAGGAGGAGGGUGGCCACAAUGGCCUCAUGGACGCCUGUGUGGCGGCUUUGUCCCGGGGCAAGCAGUGGCAGUGGUGCCUCCGCGUGCUCGCGGAGUUGCAAAGUGUGGGCCCGCAGCCGCACAAGAUUACCUACUGCUGCGCCAUCUCCGCCUGCCAAGAGGCCGGGCGCUGGCGCCAGGCUGCCGCCCUGCUGCAGAUGGCAGAAGCGCAGAGCGUCAAAGCCGACGCCCCCAUGGUGAACGCGGCCAUCGGGGCCUGUGGCUACGCCCAGGAGUGGGAGAGGGCGCUGGCCUUGUUCUCGGACUUUCCAAGGAGGCGGCUGCAGAUCUCGGACCGCUCCAAGAACGCGGUGGCCGCGGCGCUGGGUGGCGCCAAAGAGUGGCGCCAGGUGCUGGCGCUGGUGGAGUCGCUCCUGGCGCGCAGGGAGCGUCUGGAUCAGCCUAUGCGUGACUGCCUGGCCAAAGCCUCAGCCUGCGGGAGGAGGGAGAUGCAGAAGGACCUCACCAAGUCCAUGGCCUCGGAGACGUGGCAGGCCGCCCUGGCGGCGCUGCACCGCGCCGAGGGCCGGGGGCUGCGGCCGGACGUGAAGAUGCACAGUGCCGCCAUCGCCGCCUGCGCGCGGGCGGCGCGCUGGCCAGAGGCGGUGUGGGUCUUCGGGCAGCUGGACAAACCCUUCGCGGUCACCGCCACCGGGGUGAUCCAGGCGCUUGGCGCCGCCAGCGAGUGGCACCGCGCGCUGCAGAUCUUUCAGCACGCGCGGGACGGAGACGGACGCAGGGCGGAGGUGGAUGGCUACAUGCGCAGCACCCUGCUGCACGCGGUGCGGAGCGAGUGGCGGCUGGUGCUGGGCCUGCUGGAGGAGUUCGCAUUGGAGGCGGACGGACCGAUGGCCAGGACCUUGAUGUUCAACAUCGGUCUGGCGGCUGCUCCGUGGCAGCUGAGCGGCUCGCUGCUGGAGCGCAUGGACCAGCUCUCCAUUGCUCCCUCCGCGGAGAGCUUCCACGCUGCGGCGGGCAAGCUGCCAGGCGGCGCUUGGCCCCGCGCGCUGGGCUUCCUGGCGGAGAUGCGAACGCGGCGCCUGCCGCCCACCGAGGUGACCUACCUCUCCGUGCUGCAGGCCCUGGCGCGCGGCGGGGCGCUGAAGCCGAUGCUGCGGCUGCUGCGGCGGACGAAGAGCCCAGCGGCGUAUGGGGUGGCCAUGGCGGCCUGUGGUAGGCAGGGCCAGUUCGACACAGUGGAGGCGUUGCUGGAGGCCCAAAGUACUCCGAGCACCAGGGUGCUGAACUCUGCGAUGAGCGCCUUCAUCGACAGCGGCCAGGUGCGGAGGGCUGUGGAGGUGUACCAGGACAUGGGCCGCUGGUCGCAAGUGCCGGAUCUCGAGUCCUACAACAUCCUCAUGACGAAGGCCUACACUUUGCAGGGCGCCUGGCAACAUUCACUGCACCUCCUGCAGCUCCUGCGCUUCAGCGGGGAGGUCGCCUCCUCCUCGCGCGCGGACGUUGUGAGCUACACCUCGGCCAUCGAUGCAUGUGGGAAGGCGCUGAGGUGGCGCCAGGCGUUGCAGCUCUGCUGGGAGAUGCGAAGCGACCAGGUCAGGCCCGACAUCGUGGCCUUUGGCGCCACCAUCGGCGCCUGCGCAGCAGCGGCCCGGAACGAGGGGGCGGGCGCCUGGCAGAUGGCGCUACGGCUCUUUGAAGAAGCGCAGCUGCAAGGAUUUCCCAUGAGCACCCAGUGCCUGAACAACGCCCUGCAGGCCUGCGUCCUCUCCUCUCACUGGGAGACCUCACUGGCCAUCGCCCAAAGACUCGACUCCAGUGACCUGGUCACCUCCAACCUCCAGCUGGCGUCACUUUCUCUGGGACGGCAGUGGCAACAGGCGCUGCAGUAUCUUCACACAGAGAUGGGCCAAAGAGGUCACCAGCCCGACGCAUCCACCUACAACGCCUUGCCGGAGGAUGCGGAUGAUCCGGACAUCGAGAAGCUUAAGGACUACCUGGCGCGAUGUUUGAUGCAGGAUGAGUUUCAGCCGGGGGACCACGUUUUGGACCUCCACGGCAUGUCUCUCUCCUCCGCAAAGAAGGCGGUUCGCCUUGCGCUGGAUGACCAGACGGAGAGGGUGCUCCUCAUCGUCACGGGCCAGGGCAAGCACAGCUCCGAGAAAGCCGUGCUCAAAGAAGGCGUCGCCUCCAUGCUGAAGCAGCUGCACUGCCGGGUUCGAGCCACUGAGGUUCUCUUCAGUUCUCCCCACUGCGAAGCAAAGACACGGCCCAUGCUGACGGUUGACGCCGAAGCCAAAAUGAGAUCAGGAGAGGAGGAAAAGGUUACCAUCUUGGAUGUCAGGCACCUGGUGCACGCGCUCAGAGAUUCCCUGGAUGAGUUUGAGAAUGGUGAGAGUCGGAAGUGGCUGACCCACAACUCCUUGCCGCAAAGCAUCCGCAGCCUGGACUACUGGAGCGCGGUGGAUGCAUUUGAGCUCUAUGACGUCAAGAAGCAAGGACACUUAACCAAGCCGCACUUCUAUGCACUGCUGAGAGGCCUGACCCGGACCAAAGAUAACAUGGACGAGAAGCUGAGCGAUCGAAUCUUCGAGGAGAUCGAUAUCAACUGCUCCGGGGGCAUCGACAAGGACGAGUUCCUGGGCUGGGUCUUCCAGACCAACAACUUCCGUCUGCAUCACUUGCGGGAGAAGCUGGUGCAGAUGUGCCAAGAGGAUGUGAAAAGGCUCUUCCGGAAGAUCGACAAAACGGGUGAUGGCCAGCUCGACAAAGACGAGUUCUGGCGCUUCAUCCAAACCAUCGGCGGAAUACCUCCAGAAGCCAGCGGAGACUUGCACGAGUUCAUCGAUGUGGACAACUCCGGCACGAUUACCUUCGACGAGUUCCUGAAUUGGGUGUAUCCGGACAGAGAGCUCCGGAUGCUGGAGAAAGUUAAGAGCCUUCAACGAGAUGAGAUGGUGAAAAUGGAUAGCUACCGCGCCCCCGAGAAGCCGCUCAUGGAGACGCGGCCUGGAAAGCCGGUCGUCUUGCAGUUUUGGAUCGGCUCAGCCUACCAGUACAUGGCAGAGCGAAUCAAGCUCACUCUCUCGCAGCUCUUCACCACGAACCAAGUGCAGUGGGAGUUCAAAGAAGACAACCGCGUGAACGGCACCUGCAGCCGCGUGGUGGCGAAGGUCGGCAGAGGCAUCGAGCUCUGGAAUCGCGACACCAUGAUGGCCUACAGGGAGGAUCCAUUCCUGGAUAGCACAGGACACACUGCGCGGAGAUGGCUCACCGAAGUGCUGCAGAAGUGCCUCCCCGACGUGGAGCGCGCGGCGAACCUGCACCGCCUCAGGCGGGAUGUGAAGCGACUCGGCUCCAAGCAACGACUCGGCUCCAAGCAGCGCCCCGUCUGA